AUGAAGCAGCAGGGAACAUGGCCACCGAGAUCGGACGGUCACCGUUUCCGCUCAUUUCCGAUGCCAGAAACCAGACUCGAGCGUCGUAAAUCCGCCGCGGGGCCGCCUGGACACAGUCAACGGCCGAGGCGGAUCGAGCCGAGGUCGUCGUCCACUUCGAAGGUGGAGGAUCACGGAUUCGCGGCGCUCCCAUUCGACAUCCUCGCCAGAAUCGCGGCGCCGUUCACGCUACCCAACCUCCAGGCUGCGUCGCUGGUGUGCAAGUCGUGGAGCGAAGCGCUGCAGCCGUUGAGGGAGGCGAUGCUGCUGUUAAGGUGGGGGAAGCGGUUCAAGCACGGGCGAGGAGGGGUGAAAUCGGAUUUGAACAAAGCGCUGGAUUCCUUCCUGAAGGGGGCAGCUCGAGGGUCGAGCUUGGCGAUGGUUGAUGCCGGGCUGGUUUAUUGGGAAAUUGGGGAGAAGGAGAAGGCGGUGGGGUUGUAUCGGAAGGCGGCGGAGCUCGGCGAUCCUGCGGGGCAGUGUAAUCUCGGGAUCUAUUACUUACAGGCUAAGCCGCCAAACGAAACAGAAGCCGUGAAAUGGUUGUUUCGAGCUUCAAUUGGAGGGCAUGUUCGUGCUCAGUAUCAACUCGGUCUGUGUCUGCAUCAGGGUCGUGGGGUCGAAGGCAGUCUUCAGGAGGCAGCUAAGUGGUAUCUAAGAGCUGCGAGAGGUGGGUAUGUUCGAGCAAUGUACAAUGUUGCGCUGUGUUACUCGGUAGGAGAUGGUUUAUCCCACAAUCAUCAUCAGGCAAGGAAAUGGAUGAAGCGAGCAGCUGAUCAUGGCCACAGCAAAGCUCAGUAUGAGCACGGACUAGGCCUCUUCUCCGAAGGAGAUAUGGUGAAAGCCGUGGUUUAUCUGGAACUGGCAACUCGGGCAGGUGAAACGGCAGCAGCACAUGUCAAGAAUGUGAUCGUCCAACAACUGCCCGUUAGCUCACGCGAAAGGGCCAUGGUUCUUGCGGACAGUUGGCGUUCAAUCUCUGCUUCAUCGCAUUGA